AUGCCUAGGCUGCCAAGGAAAAAGGUCAAGCUUAGCUAUAUAGUCAAUGCAUCUGAAAGAAAUGCAAGCUUUAAGAAAAGAAAAGUUAGCCUUUUGAAGAAAUUGCAAGAAAUCACUACAUUAUGUGAUGUUGAAGGUUGUGCUAUAAUCUAUUACCCUCAUGAGAUAGAGCCUGUGAUUUAUCCUAAUGAUCAAUCGAAAGUCUUAAGUGUAAUCUCUGAUUUUAAGAGAUUGCCAAAUGAUUAUCAAACAAAAUAUAUGUUUAACCAAGAAAGGUUCUUAGCUGACAAACUCUCUAGGGCAAAUGAUCAGCUUAAGAGGUUAACAGCUAAUGAGCGCGACAGAAACAUUGAAAAAUUUAUGCAUGAAUGCUUGGUCGAUAAAACCAAGAGUUUUGAAAAUUUAACAAUAAGGGAUCUUACAGAUCUCCAUAAGUUGUUGGGUCUUCAAUCGAUCUAUAUAGAUCGACGAAUUCAAAAGUUUGAGAGGGGAGAAGUUUCUCUUCCUCCUACAUGGAAUCCUACUCAAGUUGCACCAGUAGGGAAAAGCAAUGUGUAUUCACCCAAUUAUAACUUUGGUAAUUAUUCGAACAAGGAUUUUAAUCCAAAUGAGUGUGUUCAAUGGUACAUUGAUAUGGAAUGUAUGAUAAAUAAUUUACCAAAUGAGGGGAUCGGCAGUAGUAGUGGCUCAAAUUCAAGUGUUGAUCCAAAGAUAUGA